GCUCUUCCGGGCGGCUCCGGGCACCAUGGGGCGGCGAGCGGGGGGCUGGGCGCUGCUGCUGCUGCUGCUGCGGCUGCUGGGCGCGGUGUCGGCGGGGGCCGCGCCGCUCUGCAACGUGAGCCUGGACAGCGACCCCGACCUGCGCUGGCUGCCGGUGCUGCAGCGCUUCGAGCCAGAGCUGCUGCUACACUUCUUCACCCGCGUCAUUGAUGAAACCAUACCGAAGUGGGUCCACGCUAUCAUUCGGCCGUUAGCAGAGGAAUUGGAGUUCUUCGUCCCUCAGCCCUUUGCAGGAGAGAUCCAGGGAAUGUGCAAUGCCCUGGGGAUGAGUGUGGGAGAUGGGAUUCUCCUCAAUCUGGCUUAUGAAGCCACUGCUUUCUGUACCAGCAUUGUUGCCCAAGAUUACAAAGGAAACAUUUACCAUGGCCGGAACCUGGACUAUGAUACUGGUGAUAUAUUACGCAAGAUUACAAUUGAUGUGCAGUUUAUAAAGAAUGGGCAGGUAGCAUAUAAGGGCACUACCUUCUGUGGCUAUGUUGGCUUAUGGACUGGACAAAGUCCACACAAAUUUACAGUCUCUGGUAAUGAACGAGAUGCUGGUGCAUGGUGGGAAAAUGCAGUAGCUGCUUUCUUGAAUCGAAAUUACCCAGUCAGCUGGCUUAUCAGAGAUACCCUGAGCAAGUCUGAAGACUUUCAAUCUGCUGUUUUCAAGCUGGCUGGCACUCCGAUCAUUGCAGAUGUUUAUUACAUUGUGGGAGGGACUGUGGCCAAAGAAGGUGUGGUCAUAACAAGAAAUAGAGAGGGUCCAGCAGACAUCUGGCCUCUUGAUCCCUUAGAUGGAGGGUGGUUCCACGUGGAGACAAACUAUGACCACUGGACUAGCCCUCCUCCUUUUGAUGAUCGAAGAACUCCAGCCAUCAGAGCACUUAAUGCCACUGGGCAACAUAAUAUUAAUUUUGAUACCCUCUUUCAGGUAUUAUCAGUGAAGCCAGUCUUAAAUAAUUACACAAUAUAUACCACAGUCAUGAGUGCUGCAUUCCCAGACAAGUACACAACUUGGAUCAGAACGCCGACAAAAAAGAGGAAAACCUGAUGUUAUUCAAGACCAGUUUUUAGUUUUAAAAUAAAGAAAUGUAAUGCACUGUAUAAAAUAAUUACAUGAACAGUGGAGGUAAAACUGACUUGUUCAUUCUUUAUAGGACUCUAAGAUUCUUAUUUUGUUAAUCAUCUGGAAUUAAGGUUUUAAUAUAUUUUUGAUUGUGUCAGGUUUUUUUAGUACUUGUUUAAAAUUGAGAGCUAUUUUUUACCAUUUCUGCAAAGAAGCAUGCAAUUUAAAGAAAUAUAUCAACAAAUUCAGUAAUAAAAGCCUCCACUUUUGCUUAGCUUAAUAGCCCUGAAAAUUUAAAAUAAAAAUAUGUAGCAGGUUCUGUGAAUCAUG